AUGCAAUUGAUAGGAUGGAGGCUGCUUUUACGAAAUCUUUUCACUCACUUAGUGUCUUUGUUUGAAAAGAGCAACUUUUAUAACUAUCGUAGUCUAGGAGAAGCAUUCAGAUCCAUCAUCAAUCAAGAUGGUUUCAGAGGUUUAUUUGCUGGUUAUGGUGCCACGUUCAUUCGAGAUGCUCCCUUUGCUGGUAUCUACUUGUUUUUCUACGAAGGAUGUAAAGCUUCAGCUAAUGAAUACAUCAAAAACCAUAAUUUACCGAUUGCCAAUGCUAUGAUCAACCUGAGUUCUGGUGUAGUAGCGGGAUUAGCAGCCACAUGUACAACACAGCCAUUUGAUAUGCUAAAGACACGUAUGCAAUUGAAGCCAAUGAUGUAUAAAAAUAUGAUACAGUCAGCUAAAAAGGUGUAUAGAGAAGAAGGACUGAUAGGCUUCUUUGAUGGUAUCAGUGUCAGAUUAAUUCGAAAACCUUUGAAUUCAGCCAUUUCUUGGACGAUUUACGAGGAAGUGGAACGGUAUGACGAUUAUUUCUGCUUAAAAUCACGAGGUAUUCCUAAAGCGUUAUUACCUAUCUCUGGAAAGCCUGUUUUAAGUUGGUUCUGUCAAUGGGCAAGGAAAAGAUUCAGCCACCUCUAUAUCUUGACGAAUGCAUACAAUCCUAGUGUAUUAUUCGAUAUUGCAUUCUUAUAUCGUGUGAGAAGAAACAUGAUCCAAGGCGAUAUAGUGAUUACAGUUCCUGAACUUUUUGCAGAAAAGGAAUCCUUAUUGGAAGAUCUAUUUCGUGACACUACUCACAAUUUUGUUACACGGGUGGUCAGUGAAGAAAAGGAGCUUGCUAUCGCAUUUGGAAUGGAUCAAACAUUAUUAAAAACAUUGGAAGAUGAUCUGUCAUCCAUCGACUCUACACAAAUACUACAGAAGCAUAUAGAAAAGGAAUCCAUGCCAAAUUGGCGACAUGAUGUGGAGCACUAUAUCAAAAUAAAAACAGAGGAAACCAGCAGCCAGUGCAAGAUCAUUGACAGAGAGGAUGACGAUAGUUUUGCCUUUGUUGACCCUGCUCUCUCUCUUGAGGCUUAUUCAAACAAGUGGAUGGACUGCUUGGACAAUCAAAUUUCUCAGCACAUGGAGCAUCAGAUCCUUCAAACCGAGCCCAUCCACGUCAAAACCUAUGCGCGUGUUGGCUUGAUGGGCAAUCCAAGUGAUGGAUUUUAUGGUAAAACUCUCAGUUUACUCAUAUCCAACUUUUGGGCCGAAGUGACGCUCUUCCCUAAUACGGAUCCCAAGGCUUUGGAAUCGAUUCAAACCCUGUCCAACCCUAUUUCCGAUCCACGGUAUUUCUAUUCCAUGGCCAGUCUUGUCAGCAUGUCAGAAAUUGACGGCUACGAUCACGGGGAUCGACUGCUUCAAGCGUGUUGCAAAGUAUUUUAUCGUCAUUGUCGUUUACCGAAACAUAAAUUGCAACAGGGUUUCAAGAUGCGAUUUUUGACCAAUAUUCCUCGUCAAGUGGGUUUAGCAGGAUCUUCUGCUAUUAUUACGGCCUUAUGGAAAGCAUUGAUGCAGUUUUACCAAGUCGAUAUUCCGUUAGAGCAACAAGCCAGUUUGGUGUUGCAGGUGGAACAGGAGGAGCUGGGCAUUGCAGCAGGAUUGCAAGACAGAGUGAUACAGGCGUACGGCGGUUUAGUGUAUAUGGAUUUCAACAAGGCCUUCAUGGAUCAGCAUGGGCACGGUCAGUAUGAGCGUCUGGAUGUGUCUCUUGUUCCCAAGUUAUGGCUAGCCUAUGUAGCCGACCCUGAGGACUCUGGAAAAGUACACAGCACAGUGAAAGAGCGCUUCCGUCACGGUGACCAGGAGGUGAUCAAGGCCAUGCAGACGUUUGCUUCGUUUACUGACCAAGCCAAACAAGCUCUGCAAGCGCACGAUACGAAGCGGUUUGCUGAGCUCAUGACGGCCAACUUUGAGCUACGUCGUCAGAUCUACGGCGAUGAUGUGAUAGGAAAGACAAAUCUGAGAAUGGUGGAAUUAGCAAGACAGCAUCACUGUGCGGCCAAGUUUCCGGGCAGUGGUGGAGCGGUUGUAGGCAUGUAUGCCGGUGAACCGCAGCAUGAACAGAAGCGUUUGUUGAAUUUACGUAGAGCAUUAGAGGAUGAAGGAUAUGUAUUUAUGGAGAUCCAACCCAAGGAAUACUAG